AGCACCGCGACCCAAUCUUGUGCGUCUGCUUUGUAUUCUCACUCUUACUAUCGGUAAGCGCAACAUCUGCUGUGCGUAUUGAGUGUUGCUGCUAGCGUGAGGCACACGUUUUUUCCCACGAGGCGUGAAAAGGUGUUGGCAGCUACCAGAAAGGCGAUUAAGCAACAGAUGAAAUGCGGUUUUGUGGACUAGAUUGACCGAAUAUGUUUUCUUGUUAUGCUUUUCUUCUAGUCAUCUUGCUGCGGUAGAGGUUAUUGUUCUCUGUUUUCUGUGGUUCUGACCUUGAUGGGAAGUUCCCUCCCCCGCGCGUUUUUUAGUUCGUCGCGGUCCGCCUUUUCUUUUGCGCUCAGCCAACUCCCUAUACACUUUGUUGCGUAGUUUCUUGUGAUAGUACCUUGGGCGUAUAGUGUUGUCUUCUCUGCCAGUUUCUUGGUAUUUUCACCUACUUCCAUCUCAUCUUAUUUUUGAACACAGGUGGAGCUUUUCCCCUCCUUAUUCCUCUUCCGUUUCGCCUUGAAAAGGCCGUCUUUGGCAUUUGUUUAUGUAUUAGUAAUUCUCAGCAUAUCUCUCCCUAGAGCUCUCUCCACAUAUCUAUAUAUUUCUUCCAGCGGUAAUAACCGCUGUUGGUUCUCUUUCAAGACGCCUAGUAGUGCGUUGCUGUCUCCCGCCCUGUUUUUCUACGCACCGCCAUCUUUCGUUGUUCUCAUUUUGUUUUUCCCUUUUGUGAAAUCCUACCCUCUUUCUUUUCGUCUUUAUCCUAAGCCGUAUUGCCAUGCAUCUCCCGCAGGGCUCGAGAAGGUCGACGCCGGAGCCGCAGCACUCCCCACGGGUGCGCUUUUCAUCCGUUCCGCCCUCCUCCCCGAUCCUCACGUUUAGUGUGGUGGAGUGGACGCCGGCGAGUGGGCUGCAGGGGCGCCUGUACCCAAAACGUGCGACGUCGCUGCAGCGGCUCGAUAACAACGCUUCCGUCGCCUCCACUGAGGAGGAACGGCGCGAUCCGCGAGACAGGGUCGUCUUCGAGACAACGGCGGGUACGUGGUCGUGUUUCCGGCAGAUUUCCUGCUGCGGUGACGCGCUGGUUUUGGAGGACGCCGGGACCAUCGACGUCGGCCCUCCUCGUCGGCACGAGUACACGUGGCAGCAGGGCCCCGGCCGACUCCCCUCCAUUGAAAACGGCAACACGAGCUUCGGCGCGAGCGGGGGCUGGCGGCAAACGCUCGCCUCCGUCUCGCAGAGCGCCACGGAGAUGGACGCCGAAGCCGCGAAACACGGCACACUGAUUUCGCGUCCGUCGCACCACCGGCGGGAGAUUUCCCUGCAGGACAUCCACUCGAUUCGCCGCCACGUCUUUAAGCGCCCGCUGCCGUUGACCUUCAACUCGAACGGCUCUCUCGUGGAUGCCGCGAGGGAAGAGUCGCGGGGCGGCCGCUCGAAACACCCGCACCACGGCUCACGCGACGACGAUCUCGAGAACCUGGAAUGGCGCUAUGAACUGUGGGGGCCAGUGGGGGUAAUUUUUAUGCUGCGGGGAGGAAUGAAGCUUUUUUUGGUCUUCGCGUCCGGUCAGCACGCGGAGCAGAUCGAGGAGCUGCUCAUCGACUUUGCCUCCGGGCGAGGCCUGCAGCGUCGGCAGCGGCAGAAGGCUCUGGCCAAGGCUGCGAGCCAGACGCCUGGCUCGCAGGCCAUGACAAACAGGUCUGUGUCCGCAGCGGGCAACGGUGCUGGGUUUCCCGAGUCGCCCGGGAUACCAGGCUCUCCCGCGGUGUCGUACCCGUCGCUGCGGUUGUACUCCCCCGAGACCUCCUUUCAGGGCGCACCUGGGUCGCCGUCCUUCCCCACAUGCAACUCACCCGCCGUUACAGAUGCCAUGGUGCACCAACUGCCGUCGGCCAACGCAGUACUAAGCUCGGCCGCAUCGGUGGCGUCUACAGGCUCACCUUCCGUAGGACCACAACGGCGCCCCCGUGCAAAUGGCUCGGGCCCUGAUGGGAACGGGUCCUUCACGGGUUUUCUCUUGACCCCGCUUAACACCACGUCGGCUUCCGCGUCCGUCAGCUCUCACCCGAGCGUCUCGCUGCCUACUGAAUCGCCUUCCACCGGAUAUUUGUACUGCCGCCCGUGGGGAGAGGCGACCCGUCACCGCCGCUAUUACCUGCGACUCGCGUCUGCGUCUCCCACGAACACUCUCGUGCGUCUCUCCCGUCACCGACUCUCGACUUGGCAGAAAAUUCGCCAAACUCUGGGCCACGAGCCGCGGUGCGUCUCCAUAGACCUGAAGCGCACGUACCUCACGCCGAGCGCCACCCACGAGAACAUUUUCCAGGUGGAGUCGGUGGUGGACACCUAUGCGCAGUACAAGGACGUCCUGCCGCUCGGGGGAGCCGUGGCGACUGCGGGACCGGGCGAUGAGGCCCAGGCCCCGGUGGCCGCGCGACGACGGGAAGCGGAGCUGUGCCGAUCCCGUCCAAUUCUCUUCGAGGCACUCGCCAAGACGAUGCAGGAGCGCGCGGAGUGGUUGGCGUGGCUGCAAGCCCGUGGGGCAACGGUGCUGCGUGUGGCGACGACGGAUACCGCACACACCGACUCGUCUGCGAGGGACGGCCCUCCGGCCCCCUCACCGAAGCGGCCGUCGUUUCACCCACUCGGCCACCAGCUCUUCCCCUCCAGUUCGAUGGUCAACACAUCCGUCCCCGAUCUCGCCCCCGCCAACGCCGUCGAUCGGUGGGUGCCGAAUUGCGGCAUACCGACGACCGCGACGGACACCGCCUCCUCCGUCGACCCCCUCGGUGGUUCACAUCAGCUUCCGCUGCCGUUGAAGGAGAGCGACAGUGAGCGUGAGUCGACGUCCGCCUCGGUGCGGGCGAGGGGGCCAACCAACGCCCCAACGCGUUACCCACAGCCGCACCCGCGCCGGACAGAGCUCUUUCCGUCUGCGUCGCCACCGAACGCCUCGAAGCAGAGCAACUCGUCAUCGUCCCCUGAUCCAGUCUUCAGCACGUUGCCGUCGCUCGCGCUCGAACAGCGGGGCAGCAGCAACAGCUCCCCAGCGCGGCGUCACCACGACGGCGACGAGCCCGGCAAGAACGCCAUCGUUGUCGCGGAUGGUGAGCGGGAUGAGGAGUUGCAGGCGGAGAAGGUGCAGAGACAGCGUCGGCAAUUACAGGAGCUGAUGGACCUGCGAGUAGAAGAGUUACAACAGGAUGAGAGGCAGCUUUCAUCGAGUCUUCGGUCGCUCAUGAGCCCUCUGCGAGGAGAGCCGGAAAUGCUGGAGCAGACCUUCAAACCGGCACGACGUGGCGCUGACACCCCGCAAAAGAAGACAGAUGUGCCGCAAGCCGCCACCGCAGCUGCCCAUCAGGGCAGGAAGCGAGUUCUACUACGUGGAAACCAUACUGGCAACGACGAUGGCGGCGGUGAUGAUGUGUCAGCUGCGGAAGCGACGGCGUUGGCAUCUCCCGGGGAGGAAGGGGCAACGACGGAGUGCACGCUGACAGGCACCGGGCCGACGCUGGUCGGCGCAGCACGCACGCCGAUGUACCUGGAGGACACGUCCUCUGAUGAUGACAACGCGUGCGAUCCCGCGCCGUUGCCGUCGAACACGGCGCCGUCAAAGUCGCCGUAUUCGACGACGCCGUUGUUGCCUUCCCCGCCGGAGGUCGCCCAGCGAGACGCCGAUGGUGGUGGUGCUCGCGCUAAAGGUCAGAUGGCAGACGCCGACAAAUCGACGCCCAUCUCGACAAAACGGCCUGCCUCUCCAGGCUCUGCUUCCACCGUCAAGAAUACCCGUGCGCCAACCGCAACGCCUUUACCUUCCCGACUGACCACGGUGAUCUCGGCAAUGGACGAGGACGCAGCGGGCCAACCUUCCAUUUCCAAAAUUCGACUUUCACAGGAUCGUCAGUCGACACGUGCGAGCGUUAGUCCCUCGCCUGACGCACCAAGCGGCGCGCCAUCUGCGUACGCGCUGCUCGCCACGUCUCCAACAAUGCCGAGCGCAGAAACAUCACCCGUGCGCAAGGUACUUUUCUCUCCCCCGAAGAGGGAGGACGAUGGUGCGCUGACCCCCGAUAGAGGUGGUCACAUCACGGCGAAGACGUCCUCGGUGGAGUUGCCGUCCGUACCCGACGCUUCGUCGCUGAGCAGUUCGUUGCGGCAGCGAAAGAUAACGGUCAUAACGGACGAAGAAGCGAGCGACCCGUCGGGCUUUAAACCCGGUGCUGACACGCUCAUCGCGAGCCCUCAUCAAGUCCCACCUGAAAGCAAGCUGGAUCCGCGUUUGGCACAGUUCCUUACCCCGGCAAACCGCACGGACAGCGACCUCAAGGGGAGCGGUGUGAAGAUCAUCAGUAGUCCCUUGCAGGCUCGUUUGAUGCCGCUUCCAUCCGUCAUCAGAUUUGGCAUCCGUAGCGACAGGUACUCUAGCGACUCUUCUGCCUCGUCGCCUGCGGUGAAGCACCACAGUGUGUGUGACAGCCCGCUGCCACCCCCGCGCGUGGGAAGUCCUACGACGGCGGGUUGGCACCAUACACCGCUGGGCAGCAGACUGGGGGUUCGAGUCCCGUUGACCCAUGCCACAGAUCACAACGGCGACAGCGGCACGUCGGUGCAGAACAGUGCCUCAAGCCGGGCGACCCACCGUGACAGCGCAUAUCUGUGCGGUUCUUUUCCGCUGCAGAGUCGAGAUGAAGUGGAGCGGCGAAAGCGCGCCUUUCGCGACUCCUUGUUUGUCAAUCAGGAAUGA